AUGGCGGACAGACAACGCAGACGGCGAAAUUACUUUAAUAAUCGUCCAGAAAGGAGGGUUCCAGACCGCUCUAAUCCAUUGGAAAUUUAUAAUAGGGGUCAAUGCUAUAUGAAAUUUCGCUUUUUCCCAGAAACUAUUUUGUUUAUUUGCAAUUUAGUUUUCCCUUUCAUACAAAGAACACAGAAUCAAAGGAAGGCGUUGACAGUUCCUCAAUCAGUCUGCUUGGUUUUGCGAAUUUUGGCUGGCGGUUCUUUUUAUGUAUGUAUUGGGGACAUUGUUAGUGUGUCGAAAUCCACCGUUUGUAGAGAGGUAGCUAGAAUCAUCCCAUUACUGGCCAAUCUUUCUAAUAGAUUCAUAAAGUUUCCAUCUGGGAGAGAGAUUAUUGAUGUCAAGACUGCUUUCCAUGAUAGAGCAGGUAUGUACAUUUUAUUUUCUGUUUCUGUAUCCUAUUAA